CAGCACAGAUUAUUCUCCCUGUGCUGGUGCUGUUUUCUUUGGGGUUGCUGAAGUGGCAUUUCCCCGUGUUUUUGCUUGCCUUAUAAGCGCAGCCCUGCAAAUCUGCUACAAGCUGUAACAGAAUACACUGACUGACCAAUGCUAUGUGGAGUGUGGCGUACAUUGUCGCUCCUGGCAUGUGGCACUUUUGACCCGUCACUAGCCUGUUGUGCUAAAGUUAGCCCCGUUCUGUUAGCUCCAGCUGACUGCAGGCUAGUACAUGGCUGUGAGACACAACUAGCAAAACCGAACCAUUUAGUGUGGACAAACUUUUUAAUGAGAGAACACUUUUUGGAGCAUCCAUCCACGUAUGCAAGCGGACAUCAACGCGUGCACCCAUCCACUGCUGUUCGGUCGGCUUUAUAACGUCAGUGCACUCCUAUCUGACCUGUGCGAUGUUGCUUUCUACUACACGCCUACUCGGAAGUUUUCUCCGUGAUCCUUGUAAGAGGAUUUGCGUAAACAUGUCUUCCACCUCCGCCGCAUCGAGCAAGAAGAAGAGACUGCGGGUCUUGGUUGACAUGGAUGGUGUACUCGCUGACUUCGAGGGGGGGUUCUUGAAAAAGUACCGCGCCCGAUAUCCAGACGAGCCCUACAUCUCCCUGGAGGAGCGGAGAGGCUUCUGGGUGUCCUCGCAGUACGGUCAGCUCCGGAGUGACCUAAGCGACAAAGCCAUUAGUAUUUGGGAGUCCAAGGACUUUUUCUUAGAGCUGGAGCCAUUGCCUGGUGGAGUGGAGGCAGUCAAGGAAAUGGCCAAGAUGGAUAACACUGAUGUCUUUAUUUGCACCAGCCCUAUCAAGUCCUACAAUCACUGCCCCUAUGAGAAGUAUGCGUGGGUGGAGAGACAUUUCGGCCACGACUUCUUGGACCAGGUCAUCCUAACCAGGGACAAGACACUGGUCUGCGGAGACAUCCUCAUUGACGACAAACCAGACAUUCUAGGUGUAGAGUCAAGCCCGUCAUGGGAGCACAUCCUGUUUACAGCCUGUCAUAACCAGCAUCUUGGGGAGAGCUGUCCACAGAGACGUCUCCUCUCCUGGGAGGAUGACUGGAGAGCCAUUCUGGACAGUAAACGAAAAUGACCCCAAAGUCACCCCCAAAUCGCCAUGGUAAAACUUCAGCAAGAUAUUAUCAUUAUAUCACUAUGCUGGAAUGGUUGUCAUACAUUUUUUGACCACAAGAGGGAAGUAUAGGACUGUAUGUGAAG